AGGUGCGUUUGCCUCCGUAAAUUGAAUAGCAGCUUUUUUUAAGUAUUUUUGUGAUUUUAUAAAGUAAUUUUAAAUAAAAGAGAACAAAGUGAGCUAAAAUUCCGCUAAACGAUUUCAAACUUAACGAAGCACCACAACAGGAUUCCCUAGUAAUCCAUCAAGCAAGAUGCUGCAAACGAAUGUGUUGCGCGCCGUCGCACCACUGCUGCUGCUCAGUGUUGCAUUACUAUGCGGCAGCAUAGGCCACACGCAAGCACAAGAGAAUACCAUGCUACAAAUUCCGCCGUCGCUAGUGGAAUGUUACAAUACCAGCUACUUUAUGAAUCGCGACAACCGCCUGCCCGCCACCAUCGAUACGCUCAUCUCGCUGAUCGAAAAAGUCGAGAACACACAGAGCUACACCUACACUAUGCGUACGCUUGCGGUGGCGCUAUUGCAACGCUUUCGGCAGGAUGGCAUUCAGCGCACAUACGGCGUAGCCGAAACGCCCGGCGUCAUACCCUACAGUCCGAGUGGUUUCCAGUUUCCAAAAUGCCGUAUAUUGUUGUCACGCCUCAUACCCGGCAAUGCCAUGACUUUUCCCAACCAGACGCUAACACGUGAGGAACGUUGUUCAUUGCAUUUCAUGCUCUCCAGUUCAAUUGAGACGCGCGUGCGUGGCGAUGAAUCACAAAUAUGCAGUCAAUUGUCACAGUAUCGCGCACAGCGCUUGCGCCGCUCACCAAAUACGGAACGCAAUAGCAACUUUAUUGGCGAUGUGGAAAUGUUGGAGAACGUGAGAGCUAAAGCACAGAAACGCGGUCUUAAGCAAAAGGGCGCUUACAAUUCCUACGACUACGAUUGGGGCUGGGCUAACUCCGGCACGACGACCAGCACCUCGAUCAGUCAGUGCCCCGUUGAGAAUGGUGUUAUCUGGACACCUUGGGGUACGGUGUCUGCUGGUGCGCUCAUGGCGGGUAUCGCCACAGGUUUACAGCAACAAACUGUGCAGUUGCGCACACUGCUCGCGCUGUCGAGUCGCCAAAAUGGUUAUAAGAGUUUGCCACAGACAACCACCGUCAAUGUAGAUAAUCGUUGGGCUGCCACAUUGGCUGGUGAUCUGUCUGAAGUGGCGUUGGUGCAGGUGCCUUUCACAACCACCGAAACAGCCACGGUGGGUUCGAGUGGUGCCUGGAAUAGCACAGUAAUGCCGAAAUGGUAUUUCUUGUCGCAGCGACAAAACAUGGAAAUGACUGAUGCCGAGAUACGUGGCGGUCUGGAUGGUCUGAUCAUUGCUAAAAACAUUGUCACCUGGCAGAGCCAGGCGAGUGGUCUGAAACUAUCGCAGCUACUACGUAUGUACUACUCUAUGAAUGGUGUUUUGAAUAGCGGCAUUAUGGCGUGCAAUCGCAUAAGUAAUUUCAACACAUAUGCACCCAGCGCGGAUAUGGUGGCACAGACGAGCGCCUUCUCGCAGGUAUUAGAUCGGGAAAUGCAAUUGGGCGUCACUCUAUCGGCAGCAAACAUUGCAGAGUUCUCCGAGUCAGCGGCCUCUGCGCUUCAAACCUACGUUCCGAAUAGUCUUAACGACGUCACCUGCCCUGUUAGCAGCAGCGCCAACGACAUAGCCAAUAUGACAACACCCAUGACUAAUAUCUAUGUAUUCUUGGAUACCACGUGGCAAUACAGCAACAUCGUUGACUAUGUCAAUUACAUACUCCAGCGUCUGAACGUGAAUCCCUAUGCCAGUAUGGUGACAUUACUUUCUGCAGGCAAUGGUUCAAUUAUUGUCAAUACUACCAAUUACCUGCCCGAUAUUUAUCAGGGGUGGAAUGUAACCACACAAGCGCAAUACUCUGCUGGCUUUAAUUUACCCACCGUUUUACAAACAAUAACAAACCUCACGCAGGCCUACAUGAACGCUGAACAAACGAACUCAUCCGUUGGUGGGCGCUCUCUAGUCGCUCUGCUGGUCCCCUACAGUACGGUUCAGGUGAGCUCCAGCGACUGGACUUACGCCAUCACACAGUUGCAAUCUAUUUACGAACAAGUACCCGAUCUGCACUUCAUUUACUACACAAGCGGCACAAUCAGCCGCUUUGCCAAUUUCGUACGCAAUGCGAGCACAGAUUUGUUUACACUGAGUACGGCUAGCACGGCAUCCACUUCUUCCGGCCCUGUGGUGUCGCGUAUUAUUCAGAUUCCACGUCGUCUAAUCAAUCCACGUUGUGGCUCUACCUGGUACACUCCAUCUUGGGGUACUGAUCAAUUGGCGCAGUAUAUAAAUCCGAAUGGCACAAACUUCUAUCGUAUGGCAUCCAACUAUUUCUAUGGCGCUGGCAGUAAUCGCAACGUAGCCAUACAAUCCUCCAGUGGCGUACAAUUCAUCAUUUGCACCUCGCGCACCGUUCCUCUGCCUACGCAGAGCAAUGCCACCAACAGCAAUGGUGACAUAAAUUGUGCCGCAAUCGGCAAUGGUUUCUCGUAUGACUUGUCAAAUGCAUGCAACGGUUAUAGUUACAUUGGUCAAUGUCCACCGCUCUACAUUUCAGUGCAAUCACCAGCCUCAGUUACCUCUUCGGUGUCGUGCACCGAUGACGCAUGCCAAGCACCGAAUCAGGCGCGCUAUGUAGUCUCGGUGACGAACCUGGGUUGUUAUAGUGGCGUAGCAGGCCUCUUUGCCAGUUUUGCCACCCUCGUGCUGGCGUAUGGCUUACGCGAGGCAUUGCAGUAGAAACGUAAGAAAAGCUUGAAGAUUUGAUAUGGAAAGCGACGCUUUCUUUAAAUGUUUUUGCUAUUUUGGCUUGCCAAUGUUGCCAACGUACUUAGUACAGCCGUGAAUCCAGCGUUAAGUUUAUCAGCAUACCGCAUGAUCCUCCAUAGUACACAAAUUUCAUAAGUAUAUUUAUAUUAUGUAUUUUUUAUAGACCUUUAAGUUCAUCAAUUUGCUUUUCUAUCAUAAAAAUCUAUAAAAUAAUAUUGUUGGC